GUUCGUCUGUAAAGUUCAGUUCUGAGCACUCAAGUCAUUUGGCAUGUCCGACUUGGAAUGCUCCCUUGACAACAUUAAAUUUGGGAAUUUUCACCAACAAUCUACUCAGCCCUCGCGGUGUCAGACCCUUUGCACCCGCGUCCGCCCAGUUCAGGAAGCUGAGAAGGAAACUGCUGCCUGCUGGAGAUCCCUAAAGCAAUGGCUCCAUCUCAAAUGGUUACUGGUGUUUUGCCUUUUGUUGAUUUGUGGUCUCUUGCAAGUCUUCAGAAAUCUCCAGGAAUCCCAGGAAUCCCUACUGAAGUCAAAAUUUCCACCUCCCUUUGCCUUGAAGUUAUUGUCCCAGGAGGAACUCAGGAAACUCUUUAACUAUGAUGGACUCUGGUUGUUCCCCCAAAGGCAGUGUGAAUGUGAAAAGCAAUCAGGGAACUACAUCUUUCAAGAAUCCUACAACAAGAGUGAACUUGAAGCAGUGAAAAUCAGGAGAAAGGCAGAAUUUGAACACUUCCAAAGGAGAGAAGGGCUGCCCCACCCUCCACCUUUGCUGGCCCAGCCAAACAUCCCUUUUGGGUAUCCUGUCCAUGGGGUGGAGGUGAUGCCUCUUCACACAAUUCUGAUCCCAGGCCUGAAAUUUGAUGGAACAGAAGUACCAUUGUACAAGGUUACCCUGAAGGCCUCAUUAGGGACCCUGAAUACUCUUGCUGACACCCCAGACAAUGAGGUGCUGGGUAGAGGACAGAAGCAGCUGACCGUAUUGACCCCCUCCAAAAAUCGCCUGAAUUUUAUCCUGCAGCAUGUGACAUACACCAGCACUAUCUACCAGUCAGGAGCUAUGGACAUUGUGAGUAUUGGGUUUGGGAGCUCAGUGGCUAAGUUUCCUGUGAAUGUCAACCAGCCUACCAUCCCCAAGUUAUUUGACCCUGGGCCAGAGAGGAAGCUCAGGAACCUGGUGACCAUUGCUACUAAGACUUUCCUCCGACCCCACAAACUCAAGAUUUUACUUAAGAGUAUCCGGGAGUAUUACCCAGACGUGACUGUGAUUGUGGCCGAUGACAGUGAGAAGCCAGAGAAGAUCGAUGACAUUUAUGUGGAGCAUUACAUCAUGCCCUUUGGAAAGGGUUGGUUUGCAGGCAGGAAUUUGGCUGUGUCUCAGGUCAGCACAAAGUAUGUGCUGUGGGUGGACGAUGACUUUCUUUUUACAAAAAUGACCAAGAUUGAGGCACUGGUAGAUGUCCUAGAGAAAACAGAGCUGGAUGUGGUUGGAGGCAGUGUGUCCGGGAAUAUGUUCCAGUUUAAGCUACUGAUGGAACAAGGUGAGGAUGGAGACUGCAUACACAAGAGGUCAGGCCAUUUCCAGGCCCUGGAUGGCUUCCCCAACUGUGUAGUGACCAGUGGUGUUGUCAAUUUCUUCCUGGCUCACACCGAAAGACUCCAAAGAGUUGGAUUUGAUCCCCGACUGCAGAGAGUGGCGCACACAGAGUUUUUCAUCGAUGGGCUAGGGAUUCUUCGUGUUGGAUCAUGCUCAAAUGUGAUUGUGAAUCAUCAGUCCCACACCCCAGCUUCUGACUCAGAUCAAGCUGCCCUGGAAAAAGCCUACAGUCGGUUCCGAACUAACACUCAGAAUCAGGUCAAGUUCAAGUUGGCCCUCCACUACUUCAAGAACCAUCUCCAGUGUUACACUCAGAGAUGAGGUUGUGGAAGAUGUAGAAUGGGCCAAUGAGACUCUUCCAUGUACCUUAUCCACGUACCAUAUCCACAUACCUUAUUAUGGAAUGGACCUGUCAGUAGUGAAAUGGCCAAAGUGGCAGCUAGAAAAAAUGGACUAAUUGAUUAAAAAAAAAGGAACCAUGGAAUGGGUGAUUUGGUAGGAAGGGCAAUUGGGUUAAGAUCAAUCUGUGGUUGGGGCUAUGAGCCUACUGGUGUUCAAGGUGGCAUGGAAUAUAUAAUGAUAAUAAUAUUGACACUUAUAUAGAGUUUUAAUAUUUAUGAAGGUUUUUACCCACAACAAUCCUAUGAGAAUACAGUGAAAAUAUUAUCAUCCCCAUCUUAUAACAUGAAAAAGAUGAGGAUCAGAUUUGCUCAAAGCCAUAGUUACCUUUUCUUUGAACCAUAUCAGACUUGUUGAUAGAAUUAUCAACAUGUCAGCCAUAGUGCUAAUACUAAUACUAGUACUUCAUGACAUGGAGGUUCUAAGAAUCCUUUUUUAGAAAAUAUGGAAUAACUGCAACAGAAUAUUUGUGGGCUUCGGCUGCAUGGACCAUGUUUACCACAUGCCAAUAACCCAACUGUGUUGGUGUAGAGGUUUAUAUAAUAUUCAUUGAGCACAAUUUGAGACACUAAUAAUUUUAUGUAGCAAAGACAAUUUUUAUCAUAUUUGAAUAACUUCUCAAGCAAUGGCUUCUUCUGGAAAGAAUAUUAGUAAUUAUAUGCAUACUUUAAAAAAAUUUUCAAUGAUCCCAAGUCCAGACGCGGUUUUUAUACAAAGUCACUUUGAUUUUCCAUGAUGCCAUUUCCAAAAUGAAGUAGCAGGAUGCUCUUAGCACAAAAAUCUAUAUGUUAAUCUUUGUUCUUGUACCCUCAACUAGGAGAGAGAAACAACUCUAUAUUUUCACAACUGUAAGAGAACUCAGGAAGGAAUUUGCUAGCAAUGGGGGAUGAUCAUUGAUCGUGAUUUGGACCUGGUACAGUGGUAGUGGGAGAAGUCUCCAUUUGUCAUCUGGAUCAUCUAGAUCGGAAGUCUUAACCUUUUCCAUGUUUCAUGGACCCCUCUGGUAGUCUGGUGAAGACUAUAGGUUUCUUUUCAGGACAACAUUUUUAAACGCAUAAAGGAAAACAUGCAGGAUUACAAAGAAAACAAAACAUAUUGAAAUAUAGUUAUUCACUUUUUUCAAAAAUUUCUGGACUCCCAGGUUAAGAACUCCUAUUCUAGACCUUUGAAAGACAACUCUUGAGAGCUUUUCUCAGUUAUUAUAGAUUCAUGGAGGAGAUGGGAAGAGGAUUCCUUAAUCCAGGAAGGCAUGGAAUCGUUUUAAAGUUGCUUUUCCUCAUUGGUUCUGUGAUGAUCUUCUAAAUGAGUUUUUAAUUCUUAAAUUAUAUCCUUAAUAAAAAAAAAUCUUAGGC